CAAUACUUUACGCAAUGCAAUUCUCUAUUCAAACUAUCGGUCUAACCAUUCUUGCAACCAUCUCUGUCCUUCCAGGCAUGGCUAAUGCUCAAGGUAGCAGUGGCCGUGAAGAUCUCUGUGCUACUUAUGAAUGUCACGAGGUUUGUGGAUUGAUGAUCAUUGAAGGUCAAAAGUGUUCUGAGAAUAUGACCGACACAUUUUCUGGUCCUUACACCCCUGGCUGUGUGUGCAAUGAGGAUGCUCCAACGCCUUUCCAAAAGCACUACAGUGAGUGUUUGGAAUGUGGGUGGACACUGUGGAAGUAUUACUCUCCUUAUUUGUCAGAGGCACUUGUUCAAUGUGCUAAAGAUUUUCCUAAACUUGCAGCAACUGAACCAACUGGAACUCUUCGUUGUACCACCACCUUGAGUGAGACUUAUACAAGAGACCCAGAUAUCAAUUACUCAACCUUCUUGAGCUCCACCACUACUGACGCCAUCUAAUGGAAAUCCAGAGUGCUUUCGAGAGAUGAUGCUCUCCAGUUGAAUACUUCUUGACUCA